AUGACCUACAUGUUAGUGACGCCUGGACAAAACCCUGUGGAUAUGCAAAAUCUCAUCACUGGCAGAUUGGCUGAAAAUUACUUUGUCGUCAGUUCAUCGGUCGACACCUUGACCACAGUUCUUUAUGGGGUUUCAGAUAUGGAUGACAGAGUAUAUGGACUGCGUCAUUAUUCUAAGUGGCUGAUAUUUAGUAAAACGCAAAACAUACAUCACCUAACAGAUCUUAAGAUUGACAAUGUGGCUGCAUUGGUUCCAGUCAAGUCACAACUUAGCCUGCAAAAGGAGGAAUCACAGGUUAAAUAUGAUAUUAUGACUCUCCUGUGGAAGCCUGGUGGAAGACAGUUCUCUAAAGUCGGCCACAUCUCCAAACACGCCGAGACUAUCCUGAAAGCAGACGUGUUUCCCAAUUCACGUUUUGGAUUUAAUCAGCAGCAUCUACUAGUUGCAACAAACGUGGAUGUGGAUAUGGUAGCGGCGCCUCUCUCGCGUGUGUUUGAUAGAGAGCAAGUGGUCGACUUCACACAGGCCUUUUAUGAAGAGACUUCGCGUUUUGUAUACAAGAAACCAGGUCCUCUGGAAGACAAAUGGUGGACAUACCUUGCUCCUUUGACAUGGGACGUGUAUUUGUGUCUGCUAGCUGUUUUCCUGGCUGUUUGUGUGAUCGCUCUUGUCAUUGACCAAAUCCAUCCUAAAAGUACAACCAAAAGACAUUUUAUUGGAAGACUUCAUGUUAUUUGGGGCUUUCUCAGCAACCUUCUACGGCAAGCUAGAGUUAUUGGAGGUUCCUGGCUGUUUUUCACGAUUAUCAUGGCAGCAGUGUACAGUGGAAACCUGAUUGCCUUUCUCACAGUAAAUAAAGACAAAAUUCCGUUCAAGUCUGUAGAGGAUCUGGUGGCACAAACACAAUACAAGUGGGGCGUUCCUGGAGGUAUAUCAGGGCUAACCCUGAUCAAGACAUCGAAUCAAUCAGAAAACAAAAGAAUAUGGAAAGGUAUUGCCACAUUUGUCAAGACAGACCCGGAUGUGCUUUCACAUUCUUUGGGCGUGCACGUCAACAAAGUACUAGCUGGCCAUUACGCUUUCCUGUUGGGAGAAUAUUCCACGUCUUACUACUUCUCAAACAACUGUGACGUCACCACAAUCCCAGAUUAUACACACCGAGGUAGAUUCUGCUUCGCACUUCCCGACAACUCUCCAUAUACUAGCAAGUUUUCAGAAGGAAUGGCAAAGGUAGUGAACCGCGAGAGUGAAGAUAAAGUAAAAGUAAUUGACAGUGGAGCAAAAGACAAAUUCAAGUGGCCGUGGAGGAACAAUGCCGAACCAAACAACAUAAACGUAGAGUAA